AUGGAAAUAGACAACCUGGCACGGCGUAGUGACAGGCUGGGAUUUCUAGGAGCCAUGGACCGUGCUCUGAAAUGCUUUUCUUGGCAGAAGAAUGUGCCGGCCCUCUGGACCACAGAGAUGCCAGGAAGCACGUGCUCUGCCCUGAACGGCCUCUGAUAAUUGAGCUUCCUUGUCGUGUCUGGGCACGCCGGUCAGAUGACCGCAUGGCUGUCUUUGGAUAAUGUGCUUGAAUGGAAAGCCAGAGUCCUUAAAACUCCAUUGUACCUUGAUUCUCGGAGUGGCCCAUUCUAUCUCGGCGUCGACACCUUUUUCCUGAUCAGUGGCUGGUUAAGUGCAAGGUCCUUUUUAAAGAUGCAUUGGAAUUCAGACAAAGGAAUAACCCCUAAAAUCAUACUCAGAUACUUUCUCAGUUGCCUUACAAAGUUGCAGCCUCUUCACCUGUAUUCAGCGUGCUUUUCGGUUAGAUUGUUCUCCCUUGUGCCCUGGAGACCCGUCUGGGAAGUGCCCGAGUUCCACCUGGAGAACGGCCAGCAAGCGUGGUGGCCGAAUUUGCUGUUGCUAGAUAACUUCCUGUCGGUCCAGGAUGCGUGCAACGGCUGGACGUGGUAUCUUGCCAAUGACUUUCAGUUCCAUCUCGUGACCCCGGUGAUCGUCUUCAUCCACGGAAAAAAUCAACACACCCUUGUCCUCCUCGGGGCCACGCUGUUCUUGGCAUCUUUCACCGCCUCGCUGCUCACACUGGCUUAUAACCUUCCGGUAGCAGCUCCGUCAGAAGCAAGCCAGGUGACCGAGAAGGAGGCUGGCCCCUGUGUAGCCCAGCGGUUCUCAACUCCAGACGCAAAUGAGAGUCACCUGGGGAGAUUUGAAAUCCCACUGAUGCUUCCAGCAAGCACCAUCCUGGACCAGUGGAGUCAGAAUCUCCGGGGGUGUGACCCAAGCAACCGAAUUCUGGACAGGUGCAGCCCAGGUACAGGCUGUGUGCCGGGGCCGCUCACAUUUGUGUGGCUGCCCUGGCAUACACGGUGGGUGACGCGUCCGCCGCCUCUUCAGUUGCUGCUGCCGUCACCAGGCCCUCCACCGGCCCCCGUGGGCUGGGUAUUGUUCGCGCGUCAGGAGGGCUACGGAAGUCUGGUGCACCGGCUGCUUUCCUGGGAUAGCUGGAGCUUCCUGGCCAGCACGAGCUACGCUUGCUACUUGGCGCACCUCUUCAUCAUCCUCUACAAUGGGCUUCAGGAGAUGCUUAUUCACUACACCGACAUCAACAUGUUCUGUCUUUUCUCUGGACACUGUUUGCCGACCUUCAUCACUGGGCUGGCCCUGACGCUGUUCAUUGAGAAACCAUGUCAGGAACUGAAGUGGUGCCUGCUGGGAUCAGUGCCUGCAGGGCCGUGAGCUUCCUGUAAAACCCGAAAGAGUGGAUGGCCCUUUGUGGGUGCUGAUGAGUAAAGGCAAGUGUGGUCUUGUUUAUGUAACGAAGGCUUGUGUUCCCAAAAAGGAGUGUGAAUCUGAUUUUUGUGAAUGUUUAAGGUAUACAAGUUCUUUAAUAUAUAAAACAGUUCCGAGUGUUUACUAUAUAAAAGAGCUCUGCGUUAAUCUGUUUAGUAGCACAAUAAUUGCCCUCCAAUGUAACUUUUUAGCAAAAAAAUCUGUAUUUUGGGGGUCUCAUACUGCAUGUAUUUUCUAUAUCCGUGAUCAUAGGAGAACAUCAAAUGUAGUGAAUUUAAUGUACUUCAGGUUUUAAUGCUCACUUUUCUUGGUAAAAUCACAGUAUGUCGUUUUGUACAUUAUAAUUGUUUUUGUGUUAUUAUGAUACCUCAUAACUUUAUCCUGGAUGGUAUGACCCACUAGUGUGCACAGUUCAUGGGUUUGUCAUUAUAGGUGUUUCAAACCUUGUUCAUUUUACAAGGUGGUCUAUUUUUGUUUUUUUGUUUGUUUUUGCUUUUGUUUUGUUUUGUUUUUUGGC